CCAACCAUUUGAGACUCUCCUCGUCCCUUCCGUCUUCUCCUCCUCAUGUCCAUCAUCUCCUUCACCUUUUCUAUGCUCUCUUUUCUCUUCACAUUUCCUGCGAGGUCUCGUGCAAGACGGAGAGAGGUGGCCGUCACAAACGGCACCGCGGAGGGCUUCGUCGUGAGCUUCGGUGAGAUGAUCAUGGACUUCGUGCCAACGGUGGCCGGGGUGUCGUUGGCCGAGGCCCCGGGGUUUGUAAAGGCCCCUGGUGGUGCCCCGGCCACUGCAGCGAUCGCAGUGUCCAGGCUUGGUGGCCGUGCUGCCUUCAUCGGGAAGCUCGGUGCCGAUGAAUUCGGAGUCAUGCUGGCCGGAAUUCUCAAGGAUAAUGGGGUCGACGAUAAAGGUGUGGUUUUCGAUUCCACGGCCAUGACGGGUCUCUCAUUCGUGACACUUACGACGGACGGCGAGCGGGAAUUCUUGUUCUACCGCCAUCCGAGCGCCGACAUCCUGCUUACGGAGGCUGAGCUCGAUCUAGAUCUCAUCCGAAAGGCACCUCUCUCUCUCUCUCCCUCUUUUUAUUUGCAGCUAAGUUUCCAUAGCCAGUUAUUCAUCUUUGGUUUUUAUCUGAUUUGUGUUUCUCUUUCUAAGUAGUUUCUUGAUUUGUAUUGUAAAUGUUCUCAGCAAAAGUAUUGCAAAUGAAUACAUAUCUAUAAUGGCUGAUCUCCAUAAUUAGUGUGUUCUUGAAAAGGGAGAAGAAUUAGGUCGUCGAUUAUAGUGGCUGCAAUUGAUUGAUACUUUUAAGAGAUAAUGAGAGCCUACAGAUAUCAGAUCUCAUGUCCCUUGCGUACUGCAUGGUUUUCUGAAUACUGUACGGAAAUCGAUGCAAUUUUCAGAUGUAUUUCAUGGCAGACAAUGCAAUUCAUGGGGACAUUUCGUCUCAUCGACCAACAAGAUUAUCCAUCGAGAUCACCAGUGAUGACGAUCUAAACUAUUUUUCUGAAAAUAGAUCCGUU